UGUCGCAGCGGCGGCGGCGCUGCGCGUGAGACGGGAUCUUUCCCCCCUUUCUUUUCCCCCUUUUUCUUCCGACGACACGAGGAAAGGAGAGCGGCGUGGGUAUACCUCUCUGCUCGUUGCAGUGCAGCCCCUGUCUGUCCGUCCGGCGUUUCCUCUUUGGAAUUGACUUUCGUGGGAUUGCAUAGGAUUUGCCCUCCUCUCCCCGUCCAGAAAUCUUGGAUUGUGGAAGUAAAGAAAAGAGGAGAGAAAACUGCAGCCGGUUCCAGCGGGUUGAAGGAACAUGAAGUCAUCUAAGAAAGCUUUUCACGGGGAGAGCUAGUGGAAGAAGGACUUCUGCACCAGAAAUCUCUUUUCUUCUUGGAUAUAUUAUAUCACCAUUCUAGUGCCUCUUUGGUUUGUCAUUGGAAACCUGCAAGUCAGAAGACAUGUCUAUUGCACUCAAGCAAGUUUUUAAUAAGGACAAGACAUUUCGACCCAAACGGAAAUUUGAACCUGGGACUCAGAGGUUUGAGCUCCACAAACGAGCACAGGCCUCACUGAACUCUGGGGUGGACCUGAAAGCUGCUGUGCAACUGCCCAGUGGAGAAGAUUUAAAUGAUUGGGUAGCAGUGCAUGUGGUUGACUUUUUCAACAGGAUUAACCUGAUCUAUGGAACUAUCUGUGAGUUCUGCACAGACAGAACCUGCCCUGUGAUGUCAGGCGGUCCAAAAUACGAAUACCGGUGGCAGGAUGAUCUAAAGUACAAGAAACCCACAGCAUUGCCAGCACCCCAGUAUAUGAAUCUUUUGAUGGACUGGAUUGAGGUCCAAAUCAACAAUGAGGACAUAUUCCCUACUAGUGUAGGUGUACCAUUCCCAAAGAACUUCCUCCAGAUCUGCAAGAAGAUCCUGUGCAGGCUGUUUAGAGUAUUUGUCCACGUCUACAUUCAUCACUUUGACCGUAUCAUCAUCAUGGGGGCUGAAGCCCAUGUCAACACCUGUUACAAGCACUUUUAUUAUUUUGUGACAGAGCUCAAUCUCAUAGACCGCAAGGAACUAGAGCCUUUGAAAGAGAUGACAGCCAGGAUGUGUCACUGAAGAGCUGCAACUGAAUGAACGAAAAAUGCAAUUUCCUGCUAACUGAAGAAGAACGAGAGGAUCCAUCAGCCCCCACAGGCAAAACCUGCCUAGUUAAUUCUUUAAAAGCAGGAGAGUCAGUGGCAGAAGAUGAUUGCUUUCACAGACACUUCCCACCGUCCUGUAUGCUCUUAACCCUAAAAAUGCUGCUAGGUACCUCCUUGGAAUGAUGCGGACCACAUGGAAAGGAAGGAAGGAGUUUUUCUUUUUCCAUACACCCUGAAUGAUUGGAGGAGGAAAUCGUCAGACUACAAAUCGAUUCCAUCCACCUUCCUGCUCUUAAAGUUUUGCUGCAAUUUUGGUUGUGGUGUACUUUCGAAACUAACCUUAUUGUUAUAAGAAAAGUUGCUAAGUGUUGCGUUGUUGUGCAGGUACAGUCUAUGUUAAGAGCCUCAGUAAGAGUUUCUACCCUUCCCAUACCUCCAAAUUGUCAGCUUGUCAUUGGCCUAAAUGAAAUCCACAGCAACUAGAAAAUAAGAUUAAAUAUCUUAGACUUCCAUCCUAGUUUCACAACAUGGGCAGGGAAGAAGCCAGUCACCCGGUGGAACAGGCAAACGGCUUUAUCAUUUAAUACCAGUAUGUCUGUUUACCUGGGAGGUGGCUUUCAAACCACCUGUGUGCAACACUUCUCCCUUGCCUGUGUCAUGGCAGCCCCGUUUCAAACACCUAAUAGACAAGCUAUUAAUUCAGAUCUAAGAAGCAAAACCAAUGAUUCCAAAGCUCUUAAGUGCCCAGAUGAAGAUGUGGUGCUUUCUUUAUGGUUUUCCCUGACAGCAGGGUCUAGCAUGGCUGGCUCACACAAAUGAACAAAAUGCCAAAUCUGUUUUUUAUAUGCGUCCAGUAUAAAAAUAAAAAAGUGGUAUUCCUUCUCAUGCAAGUGAGUAGCAAUGGGAGUGGCUGGAGAAAGUCUGCAGAGAACACUCUGAUGUGUGGGAUUGGUGGCCAGAAUAAUGUGUUUCAGAAUCUGGACGAAGAGGUACUCCAUGCACAAGUGUUGCAUAUGUGUGUGUAUGUGCACACGGAGUAUAUUAUGGAAAGAAGGGUAGACUGGUUAGGAUAGGUAUAGGUAACAGUGUGUUCUUUAGAUGUUUUGGACUACAACUCCCAUAAUCCCUGACCCCCAUAAUUGGCCAUGCUGGCUGGGGCUGAUGGGAGUUGAAGUCCAAUACACCUGGAGGGUGCCAGAGGAAGACAGAUUUCUGGAAGAUGGGCACAGAUAUUAUGAGUCAUAAAGAAUUCCAAUUUUUUGACACUAGAAGCAUCAACUCAGAUACACUGUGGUUAUUGAAACUACAAUGAUUUGCAGGGCAUUUCAGAGGGCUAGCUAAGACAUGUGUGCACCCAAGCUGUAUUAUAAGGAUUUGGGGGAAACCACUAGAAUCUACACUAUGAGACUAUACCCCAGGUUGGGAUCACACCUAUGCAGCUUUCUAGACUUACUUUCUGUGACUCAAAGUUUGCUGAUAAAUGCUUUGAAAUACCACUGUGCCUGAACAUUAUUAUUUUUUACUAGAAUGUUUGUUUCUUGCUUACAUUUACAUCACUUACCAGGAAAUUGGUGAUUGGCUGACGUUGGUUAUAAUGUUGUAAAUCCAGAGCUUUGUGCGAGGAAGGUAUAAAACUAGGAUGACUUUAAGGCAGCAUUAACUUAAGAACAACUAAUCUGUCCCAGGGCUUGUUCAUAAUCAAUGCACUUUGUAAUAUACAAAGGAUCUGUUGUCGAUAAGUUGCACAUGUGGAUCUCUGGUUAUGUACAGUACAUGUCUUAUUAUUUUCUUUGCAUUCCCUCAUUACUGGUCUUCUCUUGAUUUGAAAGACAAACUCCUUGUUGAAGGUUGCAAGAAUUAUGAUUAAGAUGAAGAUGAUGUCAGAAACAUUCCAUUUUGAAAUCUAUGAUUAAAGUGCUCUCCUUUCAAUGCUUAGUAAAUAGAUGAUUUCCCAGCCAGUCUUACGCAGUGAAAUUAAGAUUGGUGACUUCAGCCAAUAGCCAAGGCAUAUCCAUGGCUAAGCCUAUUAACUACUAUGAAUUGAUGCUGUUUUAAAACACAAUUUAGGAAAUGACAUGAAAAGGAGAACUAUAUAAUAUGUUGUGUGCCUUCCGGGGAAUUUAAUCUAGUCUUUCAUCAUAUAAUUUGGGGGUUAUUUUACACAUUCACACAACAAGUAAUUCUAGCUGCCCCUUUUCAGUCAGUUAUUUCUCAAAAUUGGUAUUAGGAAACUAAUCGGAUAGGAGGUAAAAUGAAUAAAUGUAGAUACAACAGACAGCCUGUAUUGUAUUAACCUUACAGCAUAAUAUAAAUUGAAAGGUGUUGGGAAUUUGGAAGACAUUAUUUUUGAUAUGCAUAAAUUCAUGUUCCCAUAUAGUUUCAAUACCAACUUUUAAAGCUAACACAGAACUAUGUAAUUUUGAGUCAGAACAUCACUGUAAAUGUUUAUGUAAAAUUCCACUGUUUGAUAUGAGCAUUUGAUACGAUGCAUCUCUUGGAGGCUACAUUUCAGUAAGUCAGCUUAGGAUGGGUAAUGACAUACGUAAAAAUCAGGCAUCCAUGCUUUAUUAUUCUUUGUCCUAGGUUUCCCCUACCUCCCGCCUUCAUGCAGCAUAAAACAGAUGAAUUAACCUCUGAAUCUUAUGCAGUUGUAGUGUUUGGUUUUGCCUCUUGCCAAUGGCUACAGGCAAAUUGUCCACCCUUUUUUGUUGAAAGCCCUCCUUGUGCAUUUCUCUCUUUAAAAGUACAUUUGACAUCAUAUUACUAAAGACAGACCAAAAAAAAAAAUCCAAUGAAUUUUAAAAAUACACACGCUGAGAAUCUGUUGCAAGUAUGGCGGGAGGCGGGGGGGCCCACAUUCAUGGUCACAAGGGUGAACCAAUCAGUGUUAUGUACAGCUGGGUUCUGCUCCAAAUUGGUAAGAACAGUUUUCCCCUGAGCUCAGUCCUGAAGCCUACAUUAUACAUCCAAGCAAAACAUGGUGAGUGUGCUCCCACACUGCUCCCACUGUUUAAACUAUGGCCCCAUUCAGACAACACGCUAAACCAUGCUGCUUAACCACAAAAUGGUUAAUGGAAUGCAUGCAUUCCAUUAACCAUUUUGUGGUUAAGGAGCAUGGAUUAGCGUGUUGUCCGAACGGGGCCUAUAUAUGUCUAUGCAUAAUCUUUUGCUCUGGUUCCAAAAAUAAUGACUAUUGGUUCUGGUUCUUUUAAUACCUGACUGACUAAACUUUUUGCCGUCUCAGGAAUUUACAAACCUAGGCUCAGGAUCAAAGCGACCUGAAAAGAAUUUCCAACCUGCGUAGCAGGUUGCUGGACACAAAUCCCAAUCCCCAAAGCAUCUUGCCGGCAGAAACCACAUUUAAGCUUACAGUGCUUUGAGAACUGGACACUUUGUAUCUUCUGUUUCUUGUCUUAACCUGGAACAUUUAUUUUAACAUGUUAUCUCAACGGAAUUAACAGCAGCAACCUGACAGGGUUGGUCAGAACCACUUUAUGUAUGAUUUUUAUUUUAUUUUUGAAGAACGCAUGGACAGCCUUAAUACAGUUUGGUGAUGCAUUCUCACCCAGUAGCCGGUGGAUCAGUGUAGCAUUUCUCUUUAUCGCAUGUGAUGACCAAAUUCUGAACCUUUACUCAGGAAAACGUAAUUUGCUAUUGCUCUCCGUGGUUUAGAGAGGUGGAGAAUGCGAUCGCAUGUAUGAAACUGGAAACUGAACUUUUUAAAAGCAAUUUGUGUAGGUGAGGGUCCAAACCUUAAACAAAUGGCUGAGAGCUGUGUUGAUCUUCUCAGUGGUGAAUCCCCCAGAGAUACAAGAUACAACUCUUAAACCGAAUCUGAGAGGCCUCAACUGAGCCCGUGUUCUGAGAUAAUAAUCCUAUAGAAUGGGUAGGUAAUGUGUGGGACAUGCACGGGCCCCCAUCCUGUCAUACAACCCCUGCUGCUGACCUGCUUAAAUUUGCGGUGGCAAAAAAGAGGGGAAAGAAGGUGGUUUAGCGCUACAAAGCAGUAAAUAGGUCAAAUUUAGCUCCCGAACAAGCUAAAUGUGACCUGUUUACUACUCCAUAGUGGUUUGCCACCAAACUUCAAUGGCAAACCUCUGGGUUUUUUUUGCUGCUGCCAAAUUCAGUGACACAACAGUAGCAGGAGUGUGGCCCGCUGGAGGGCGGGGGACAAAAAUGGCUCCCCGGCUCCCAAAAGUUGCCGAUUCCUGCUAUAGAAGGAAACCCUUCCACUAACUUUCACAGCUUGCCUAGCAGUAAAUCUUGAUAAAAGCCUUAGCCUGAAGACCAUAUAUUUCAUGGCAGUGAAAGGCGAGUACGUAUGGGCUGGAUAUACUGCUCAAAUGCAAACUUCUAAAUGAUCACAUUUGAUUCAUGAUUUCGGAAAUG